UUCGGGAUGGGUCCAUACACUUUCUUCCAUGAAGCCAUGUUGAAGAGUGGGUUUGGUUGCGCGGGUUGUUAGCGAAGGGCAGGGCAUAUCCGUGGAUCGCUCGUGAAUGACAUGGUUUCGUGGUCUGAUAUGAAUUGGGAUGAUUUUGAAGUGAGUUGUGGUGUCAUUGUGGUUUUCGCCUUAAUCAUUAGAGGGAGACUAGGUUCUACCCCACUGCAGAUUACACCAAACCUAGAGGGUGAAAGAAGUAUGCAGGCACGGGGCCGUGAUCGGGCUGACGUGUGGUGGAGACCACGUGACCGAGUCAUGAAACCAGUGACCCGCAGGCAUGAGUUGCGGGCUGAGUGGACUGCCUUGUAGAUGGUUCGGGUAGUGAGCUACUCAAGGACUCAACGCCCCAAUCUUAAAGAGCAUUCCGGUUUCAUCCUCGUGCCCA